AUGUUGCACUUAAGAAAACUGCCUACGAUAUAUAAAAAUGAUAUGGAAAACUAUUAGAUUAGACGUUUUGAAAAAGCUACUCAUUUUAGAAAGAUUAACCAGAGUGUAACGAGUAAAAAGAAAAUGAAUCGCAUUCUGCCUUAAUUGCUAAUGAGUGCUUAAAAAAAAUUUUUUAUUGAACUCACCUAAUUAAAUGAAAGGAAAGGAAAAUAUCUAAUAUUUAAAUACAACAAACGAGGAAAGAGUUCGUAGUCUAGUAGAGAAGGAACCUUGAAUGCUUCAGCUUAACUGGUGAUGGUUUCAUUACCUUAUUUUUGUACAAAUCACAAUAGAAGAAGAUUUAUUAUGAAGAAAUGGAAAUAGAUAAUAUGGGCUGUACGAAUAGUAAUAAGAUACAAAAAUAUAUUGAACAACCUUCAAUUUUUUGAACUACUAAACAGGUUACCAAGGAGACGGAAAGUAUCCUCACCCACAUCAGUUUAUCGUAGUCCAAGAAAGAGACGUUUAGGAGGAGCUCAAUCAGUUGAUAAUAAUUUUACUCUUGCAACAAAAGGAUAUGGCGAUGAAACUAACUCCAGCAAGACUUCCAGAAAAUUGAAGAACUAAUUAUCAGAUAAUUACUUGAAAUCUACCUACUAUCAGGAUUUCAAAUAAAAAGAUCAAAGAUUAGCCAGGUUAAGAACUAAUAGUUUAAACUAAUUGCAAAAUUCUCAAUAAAGUUAACAAAUGUAAACUUCAAGGACCUAAAUAGUGUUGAUAAGAAACUUUAGAGUGAAAAAAUUAUGA